GUCGAGACUCAAGCAAAAUACACUAAUACUAGAAUAUGUUUAAAAAGGAAAAGUAUGAAAAACUCUUGUGGUAAUACCGCAAAUGUUAUGUUGUGGGAAAAAAAGAAGCAGCGAUGAUAUGCAACGUUAUAAAAUGUGAGAUGUAUAUACAUGUAUUAUCCCAACAAGGCCAAAUCCCAUCAAAUUUAAUCAUCGACAUUAGUAACUUGCUGGUAGCAAUUCUUGGUGUUGUCGUUAAGGAUACCCUUUUCGAGGAUUCCGGUGAGGAUACCACCGUGGCCACCAUCAUUGUUGCAACCUCCAACGGUAUUACUUUGAUCGCCACCAUGAGGGAGGGCGAGAGCAGAAGCAGCAAACAAGGUAAAGAAAGCAGUAAUAGCGCUAGCGAACUUCAUUGUGCGUGUUUUAAAUGUGCUAUCAAAAGAGAAAGGUGAUGAUGGAU